CACAAAGCUCCGUCCUCGACUCCUCCUCUCAAAACUAUCCGACCAAAAGGAGAAAGAACCCUAAUUUUUCUGUCAAAUCCCCAAAAAAGAUCCGUCUCUCUUCUCAGGCUGUUCACAUACUUUUUCUCCUCCUUCAAAUUGGGAUGAUUCCACAUUUCGAAGCUGCAGAGAAUAACCGAGAGAGGGCUCCUCUUCCCCUUUCAUGUCUUCUCAAGUCGCUGACUUUCAUCAUGGGUCUCAAACCCUAAGAGAUUUUGUUUCCGCUUUUGAAUCUUCUCAAACUUCUUUCAUCUUGGAUCUCUCUUUCAAGCCCUUGCCCUGCUCUUAACCUUCUCCGUCGCCUUGUAUGUGCCGCCAAACAUGAGUGAUAAGAAGGUAUUUGUGUUUGGAUCCUUUACAGAACAUGAAACAAGGUCACUACUUGAGCAGAAACCCAUUAACCCUCCUCAAUGUCAUAAAGAAAAGUCUGUCAAGAGUAUACAAUUCGGCUCCUUUAAUCCAGUAAACAGCGCUAAUGGCGAGUUGAAGAAGGGUCCAGCUGAUGGUUUAGUUAAAUCUCGACCCUCCAGUUCUCAUAAGGAAGAUAAAAAAAUUCAGUCUGCCGUGACUCAAAAGAGCCUUGAUGCUUCUAGACCUUCAAGCUCUCAUAAGGAAGAUAAAACUUUUCAAUAUGCUGAGUCUCAAAAGAGCCUUGAUGCUUCUAGACCUCCCAGCUCUGAUAAGAUCAAUGAUAAUACUGCAAAAAAACUCUCUGGAAAACACUCUUCAGGAGAGCAUGUGGAAGAAAAUGGAAUAAUUAACGAGGUCUCUGAAAGAAACCCACCUCUCAACAACGGUGUGGCGGUGAAGGCAGCGGAUCAUAUUGGUUUGGAGAAGCUGUGUGUGUCAGAUGGUGAAAGUGAUUCUUUGUGUAUAGCUUCGAGCUCAAAAUUCCAAGCCCUGGACACGGAUAUUUUCCCAAACGAUUCUUCAUCUGGCACCACCAUACCAAGAAAGAAUAGCCAUAUGGUAUCUGCUGAAUCUAUUCCAGCCAUGAAAGAUUUUACACCGAGAGGAUUAAUAAACGCUGGAAACUUGUGCUUCCUCAACGCGACACUGCAGGCUUUGCUCUCCUGUUCUCCUUUUGUGCAGCUCCUCCAGGGAAUACAACUCCAAGCUAUUCCAAAGGCUGAGUCUCCAACCUUGGCUGCAUUUUCUGAGUUCAUCUCUGAGUUAGAUAUGCCAAGCAGUUCAAGCUUCAGAAAUAACGUUGCCGUUGUUGAGUCUGGUAGACCUUUUACACCUGCCAUGUUUGAAGGGGUGCUUAGAAACUUUACCCCAGAUGUACUCAACAACAUGUCUGGCCGGCCAAGGCAGGAAGAUGCUCAGGAGUUUUUGAGCUUUAUAAUGGACCAAAUGCACGAUGAGCUGCUGAAACUCAGGGAAGUGUCCCCCAAACUCAAUGCUUCGAAGUCCUCUGUUGUUUCUUCUGCCAACGAUGAUGAUGAAUGGGAAACAGUUGGACCCAAAAACAAAUCUGCUGUCACAAGAACACAAAGCUUUGUUCCUUCUCAGCUCAGUGAUAUAUUCGGUGGGCAGCUAAGAAGCGUUGUGAAGGCAAAAGGGAACAAAGAUUCUGCUACUGUACAGCCAUAUCUCUUACUUCACCUUGAUAUCCACCCAGAAGCUGUUAGUACAAUAGAAGAUGCAUUGCAUUUGUUUUCUGCCCCAGAAGAUCUUGAAGGAUAUCGAGCUUCGGUUACUGGGAAGGCUGGUGUAGUGAGUGCUAGAAAGUCAAUAAAGAUACAGAAACUCUCAAAGAUAAUGAUACUGCACCUUAUGCGUUUUAGCUAUGGAAACCAAGGGAGUACUAAGCUCCAUAAACGUGUUCACUUUCCCCUCGAUCUCAACCUAGGCCGCUACCUUCUUGUUUCUCCUUCCAACGGGGGGUUAAAAUAUGAACUUGUGGCAACCAUUACCCACCACGGAAGGGAUCCUUCGAAAGGGCACUACACCACAGAUGCUAGACGAAAGAACAAUCAAUGGCUUAGGUUUGAUGAUGCGUCUGUGACUGCCGUAGGGACAAAACAGGUUUUGCACGACCAAGCUUAUGUUCUGUUCUACAAACAAGUGUAAGAGAAUCAAAAGCAAAUCUAUUUACAUGGUCUGGGGAAAAGAGAGUAACAUUGUUUCUCCUUAUAAAAACUUUGAAGGAGAGCAACAUCUCAAUAGGUAAAUAGUUUUAGAGUACCUGGUUUACAUGAAAGUUUUGUUUUGGUUCCUUUGAGAUGGGAGUGUUUUUAUUGUGAUUCAAACGUUUAUUAUUAUUACUUAAUAGACUUGUAUUCAGAAAUUAUUGAUUUAUGCUGCCUAGUUUCUUGUUA